AUGUUCGAUACCUACCAGAAGUGUUCGAAAAUCUUCAGGCCCUGGGACAACGUGCAAAAAACCAGUCCCGCCACGCCAACACCCCCGCCAAGUGAACCGGAAGUGUCGCAGAGUGCUUACAGUUUGCCCGGAGCUUCCGGGUUGUACCAGGAUUACCCGGUUUAUCCGCCGCAAGGGAAUAUCGCCCAGUAUUUGGGGCUGACGUCGGGGGACGCCAUGUUCUUGGAGCAGCUGUCCAACGGUUACGCGCUGGAGGAGUACAACAGGAUUUUGACUCAGGAGCAGCAGCAGAAACUGAUACAGGCCCGGAAGCAAAGACCGAAGAAGUACAAGUGUCCGCAUUGUGAUGUUGGGUUCUCAAACAAUGGACAGUUAAAAGGACACAUCAGAAUUCACACCGGAGAAAGACCCUUUAAAUGUGAUGAAAAAGACUGCGGAAAAACGUUCACCAGAAACGAAGAGCUGACGAGACACAAAAGGAUUCACAGCGGCCUUCGUCCUUUCCCUUGUACCCAAUGCGGGAAACGUUUUGGUCGCAAGGACCACUUGAAAAAACACCUCAAAACUCACUAUCCCACUCGGGGGAUGUACGCCGUCCCCAUCAUGCUACCGUACGAGGCGUUCACCUCUCCCUCCCCUUACCCCCUUAUGAAUCUAAUGUAUUAAACGGGGGAUUUUAGUUGGGGGUGUUAAAGCAAUGUA